AUGACCACAGAGAAACCACAGCAGGUGGCUGAAGUCGAUGCAAAUGGGCCUCAGGCUCAAGAAUCGCAGCAUCCUGACCUACCACAAAAUCUGCCCGUUGAACAUGAGACGAGGCGUGCACAAGACCAGGUUUUGCCUGCGGGUUUGAUACAGGUAGAAGAACAGACACCACCACCUGUCCCAGAAAAAGUCGUGACGCCUCCUGCCAAGAACCCGCAUAUGGAGAUGCCUCCGAUCUACGCAGAACCCGAGCCGCAGAUGGUGACACCUCUGUCCAGACUGACAGCAACGCCAACGUAUAUCGACUGCCCCUUCUGCAUGCAACGGGCCCAGACGAACGUGUCUAAAGAGGGAACUUCAAUGCAGACCAUGGCAGCGGCUCUGUGCUGCCUGUUCUGUGUGUGUGCCGUAUGCGUCCCAUACAUGUGUCACUGGUUUGAGGACACCCACAUCUACUGCUCGAGAUGUAAGGCGAGAGUCGCGACCAUACCGCAUGAUGGGCACAUAAACAUAUACCGACCGACUGACCCAGCAAUGGUCGCGACAAUCUACCAAUAG